AUGCUGCUUACUGUGGAAGCGAGCGCUGAACCCGUUGUUGUUCUUCAUCGUUCACAAGAUAAAGACCUGACUUGUGGUUCUUCAUCGGGCUGGGAUCACAGGGCCGAUGACUAUCACGAGCUGAUGGCCGAGUCGGAGAUCGAUCUUGAACACCUACAGAGCUUUUGUCGUGGUGGCGUGCCCGAAAUCAAGGGCGCUCGCUCCCUGUGCUGGAAGGUGCUCUUGUUUUAUCUACCCAGCAACAAAGCGAUCUGGGAUGAACAUUUGCAGCGUUCCCGGGACCAGUACCAAGACUUUAUCGAAGAGUUUAUCAAUGGUUCGUCUGUAUCAGGCGCAAUGGCUGGCUCACUGAGUGCAACAGCUCAUGCCCCACACCUUUUGACCGCGCUGGGCAGGGAUGACUUUUUUCACGACAAUGAGGUGCUGACACAAAUCAACAAGGAUGUUCGUCGGCUGAACCCAGACUUUUCCUUCUUUCAGCAGCCCACUGGCCGGCCUCGUCCGUCUCGCGAGCCGUUGAGCCAUCGCGUGCAGCAGGCUGUCCUGGAAUCAGCCACCAUUGUCACGAAUCGCGAUGGCCUGCAAACUAUCAAACGGUGCGUCCGCAGCCUGUCGUCCGCAGGCCCAAAUGACAUGAUGGUCGAGCCUGCCUCGGGCGACGAGCGGCAUUGGGAGGUCAUCGAGCGCAUCCUCUUUAUAUAUGCCAAGCUCAACCCGGGCAUCAAAUACGUGCAGGGUAUGAACGAGAUCCUAGGUCCAAUUUACUUUUGCUUUGCCAUGGAUCCGGACCUCACCUGGAGCCAACAUGCAGAGGCAGAUGCUUUCUUCUGCUUCACCAAUCUCAUGUCGGAAAUUCGAGACGUUUUCAUCAAAACAUUGGACGACUCUGAGACGGGCAUUGGUGCGCUCAUGGCACGCUUGGAGGUCCUGCUGGCUGAGCACCGCCCCGACCUGGCGGAGAGCCUACAGAACAUGUCCCUCAAGCCCCAGUUUUACGCCUUUCGUUGGCUGACGCUACUGCUAUCGCAAGAAUUCAAGCUACCGGAUCUGAUGCGACUGUGGGAUACGCUGUUUGCCUCCAGCUCACGCCUCGACACUCUGCUGCAUGUCUGCAUUGCCAUGCUCGAGUUGUGCGGGGACAUUAUCUUGGCCGAAGACUUUGCUGCGUGCGUCAAGACGCUGCAGAAUUAUCCCUCGGACAUUGAUGUCACCACCAUUCUCUACAACGCCGAACGCCUGCGGACAGAGGUAGGCCUGUGA